GCCUACGGCAUGAAAUGGAGAUUGUCGUUAAAGUUUUUGUUUUCUUCGCGCUUUGUGUUAUUGAAACAUAUUAAUCGUGUAGUUUAUGUAUUUUUCUUGUAGAACUUAUUCCUGACAUUUCACUAAUUACAUUAUAUAUACAAAAGAUUUUCAGUAUGACUAAUAAAUCGAAGGCAAAAAUAAAAACAAUGAUUGUCAAUGAUAUGAUAAGUAUCAGCAAUCGUUGUACAGAAGCUAAGGAAUUCAUCGAUGAAAAUCUAGAUGAUACGAUAGAAUAUCUGCAUGCUUUGCUUACUCAAAUACCACAAUCAAUAUCCGGUCCCUUAAUAACAAAAACACCCAAAGUACCUAAGAAAAAAGAAAUACAACGUAUUGAAACUAUCCCAGAAGAUGAUAUUAUUGAUUGCACAAUAUAUGGCUCUGCCACAAGGAGCAUCAAAGGGAAAAGUAUAGAUGGUGCAGAGGAAAAAGAAAAUGGAAAUAUGACAGAAAUGACCAAUGGUCGUUCUAAAAGGCAAGCUUCUAAGAAAGCUGCAGAUAAUAUUAGGAAACAGCAAUCAAUGACACGUAUAAUGAAACUACGAAGACCAUCAAGUUCUGAUGAGGAUGUUUCUAAUACGAAGAAUACAAACCAGAACCAAAGUAAGAGAAAGAAGUCUGCCAGAAGUAGCUCAGAUGAAGAUAACAGUCAAGGUCCUAACAAGUAUUCUAAAAUAGAAGAAAAUACAUUCAGAGCAAGUUCUACAAAGAAAAACGAGGAAACAAACUUGGAAGAUAAGUUUUCUACAAAAGAGAUUGCAACACAUCAAGAUAAAAAUGAAACAUUAAGGAAGUCUUUGACAAUGAUGUGUUCCUCAAAUAGAAAGAGAACACUUACGCAAAACUAUGAUUCGAGUACCAAGGAACCUAAUACUAUUAAUGACACAGUCAUUGCGCCUAAAAUAGGAGUUAUGGAAGAACAUUCUAUGUACGAGGACGCGAUUGAAAAAUGUGUACCUAUCAUGAACUCCACAAUGAAUUUGAAUACUACAGUUACUAUGCACAAAAUGAUGAAUGCAACAGUCGUUUUGGAACCUUUGUCAGCGAUUAAAUUGAAUGAAACUGUAACAAUUAAUAAAGGCAAUAAUAAUGGUAUAGCGAGGUACAAUGAACAAAAGCCAAAUCAACCGAUGCCCGAAUCUAAAUUAUCCAAAACGUGCAAACUUCCAUCGCCUUCUUCAAAAUCCCUGCAGGACAGGAUGCAUCUACGAAAAGAAGCAUUGACAAAUGCAGAAAUUAACGAAUUAAUCACAGACGAUGAUUCGUCGCCUGAGAUAAAGAAAUCCAGGCCGCAAAUUAGGCUUGAAAAUAAAAAACGACAGAGGCCUGUAGUAAAGUAUGUAUCGUCGAGCGAGGAUGAGGUCUUCAAUACGCCUGCGAAACCAACUUUGAAGGAGGCGAGUGCAACUACAAUUCUUCAGGAAAUAAGGAACAAUUACAAACUAAACGCAUUAUUCAGUCCUUACGCCAAAGAAUCUGUAAGAAAACGGGUUGAAGCAUUUGAGCAGGUAGGUCUAAGCAGUCCGAAGCCUGCCGUUGAAAUCGACGUACCAACUAGAUUGACAAGAACAAAAACACGAGCUAUAGCUGCCGCACAAGCCGAAGCCUUAGAAAAUAGUAAGAAUAUGGAUAAGACGAUUGCUCAAAAAUUAGCACGGAAAUCGCUUGCAAAAGCUAAAAAAAUCUCGUUAGCAAAACAUGUUAAGGAAACAGAUGAAUCUAAAGAGAAUAAAGUGCCAAGCGCGCAAAAAACUAAUAAAGUUGUGCCUAUUGAAAAAGUGAACCAAAAGUACGUACAAAAAACGACUCCACUAGGGAAAACGAAACUUCAUUUGCCGAUGUCUGUCAAUCGUAUUACACAUACUCCAGCAAACAAUCUAAUUAACACAAAUCAAACCAAGGCUUCAAGUGCAACACGUUCAAAUAUUAUCACAUCAGUGGAUUCUUUUAUUCAAUCUGCGAAAUCAGUUAAUAGACGUAACUCAACGGAGAAAAUAGAUGAGAAGAAACGGAAAAUGAACGAUGAGGACGCUCGAAAGAAACGAGAGGAAACUCUGAGACUUCAAACAGAAGAAAAGAGAAAAAAAAGGAAAGAAAAGGAAUUGAAAAAUAAGCUGGCAAGAGAAGCGAAAGAGAAACAGGAAUUGGAGAAACGUCAGAAGGCUGAGAAAGAAAGGGAGGAGAGGGCGCGUUUAGCGCAACAAAUGCAAGAAAAGCAUCGCGAGGAAAUGGAAAAGAAACGUAUGGCCCAAUUGCAACGAGCUCAAGAAAUAGAAGAAAGACGUAAACACGAAGAACAACAACGUUUACAGCGUUUGCAAGAACAAGAAGAAGCGGAACGACUAUUGGCUGAGCAAAGACGUCGGGAACAAGAGGCUGAGAAGCGAAAGGAAGCCGAAACAAGGAUUCAGCAACAAGCUGCUGCCGAAGCGAUAAGAGUUAAAAACCAAAUGCUUAUGGCACAAGCUAAACAUGAAAAUAAACAUCAGGGCCCAACAAAUUACAUUUUGGAUAGUGAACCCGACGAAGACUAUUCAGACGAUGAAACUAAACCAAAACAUGUAAUUCCGUACUGGGCACAAACACACGUUCGCAGAACUCAACUAGCAAUUCAACGAUACAUUCCUAAUCAAGAAGUUUUCAGAUUUUUCGACAGUAAAAAGUGUACACCAGACUUGUCUGAAUUGUUCCAAGGUAUAGACAGAAAGAGAUUGAAGCGUACGUCCAGUGCAAUUUGGAAAACGCCGCCACGAUACUCCAUGAUGGAAACUGAAUGAAAGAAGCGGCGGUAGUUUUGGUGUUUUUACACUUUUCAAAGAUCUUAGUUUUAAAUGCGUGUAUAUAGGUAUCUGUAAUAAUUGUUUUGAUUGAAAAACAUUCAAUAUUUACUUCCGAUCAAUCAUGUUUGUAAGCAUAUUUACGUAUGGUAAAGAGCUAUCCAACACAGGAUAAUCUAAGAAAAGCAUCAAGACUGAUUUACUCAUAACCGAAAUAGUAAGUCUCCUUCCGUCUAUCUCGGGAUGUUGAUGUUCAGAAAUUAUAGCCUUUUCGAAAUCCGAUAUACCCAGCUCAGAUUCGGUUCUAAUUUUUCUAAUGCCACCUUUUAAGACCUUUUUUCGAAUUUAUAUAUUAAUGCGAUUUGACGAAGAGUUCGUUCAAUUUUCGAAAGUUUCUACCUUUAUGGUAGUUGAACUUACCUUUAUGGUCGUUGAACUUGCGACUCUUUUAAUGUCUGGCGGAAUUUUAUAAUCUUGGAAAUACUUAUAUGCUGGAAUUGUAGGCAAAAUUGGCGACCAUGUUUUAAACGUUCCAAAGGUAGAUAUAUAACGUCCCCCCAACGUCCAUAAGCGCACCGUGUGGUCUACACUACCACUUGAAAAUGAUAAUAAUAUAAUCAUAACGCUAUUGUAUUAGUGCUGUGCAAAAGUUUCUAUCGUUUUUAAUAGACAUUGUAUAACAUCAUUUUAUAAUAUCCAGGUAGUUAACCCCUUCCCGUACCAUUUAGCUCGACGACAUCCGGGCCCAAACGCUAGGCGUCAACGCGCUGCAAACAAACCAGACUGAUGCUCUUGUGGCGUACUCAUAGGAACUAAGACUCAAUCACGAUCGUGAUUUGCUCACGAGUCAGACUCGUUAAAGUACGGGAAGGGGUUAACAACUACCUGGGAUCUUCGUGGAACCUAAAUUUAAAGAUUUCAGAGAUACUAAUUUUUUCGUAUUAUGUUUAAUAGAACUGUCGUUCGGCCCAUUAAUUGUGCAGUGUAAAAGUAAAAAUGCGUAAUAUAUUUUUAUAACGACAUCCGUUAUGAAUACGAAAAAUUCAUUAUCCUAAUCAGUAUUAGGGAUGUUGAUGUAUUUAUUACCUAAUAACGAUACGUGCAUCGGGAAUUAUUUGAAUAGAUGUGACUGCUUUAUCGUGCCCGCGUACAGAAGAAAGUAAAAGUGGCAAUGGCUGAUCCCGUACUGCUCUCUUAGCUCUUCCAUUAAUUUUAUCAUUCCAUAAAAACGGGAAUUCUAAUCUCAAAAGAGGCAUGCACGUUCUAGGAGGAUCUGGUAUCAAGUAAUUUGCAAGAUACCAAACUUUUAUGUAUCCUGUGUUAUGCCCUAGAUAAUUUUAGAUAAGAUGUUACAGUUUUAAUGAGAACUAACGAACCCUGAAAGUUCUUUUUUCUUUUUUUAAGCUUUAAGUCUUUUGAUAUAUCUAUACUAUAAAGCAAUUACGAUUACGUAAACUUAAGCAUAAGCAUAUCAUAUUCCUUUUUUUACCUGUUACAAGGAAACGAUCUUUAGGAUCGGUUGUCAAUGAUAAUACACAGUCACCGACAGCAUGAAUAACUGAAAACGCUUGUAAAAAUCCGCCUCCGGGAUGAUGACUCCAAACUUGUAUCAA